AUGCCGAGCAACGCACGCGGAAGCGGCCAAGGCAGUGAGGCCUACUGCGAAGGCCAAGACGCGACCAAGAGCACGCUCGACGACGGAGAAGGGCGUGAGGAGAAGAGAGAGCACGACAAAGAGCAAGCUGCGAUCAUGGGUAACUCUGUGGGCAGUGAUGGCGAUGAUGAUGGGGUGUGCGUCUAG